AUGCUCCUCCCAAUGACAACAACAGACGCCGCCGUCGCCACCGCAGUUGAGCCAACUUUGAGUCUAGGCUUCGAGCCUACGAUCGCCAUGGCGCCACAACACAACUCUCAAAUUCAUCAUGAAUCAACCAGGAAUUCAAGAACCAGUCAUGGAGGAAGACGGAGCAUCCGUGCGCCGAGAAUGAGGUGGACUAAGUCUCUUCAUGCUCGCUUUAUCCAUGCUGUGGAGCUCCUGGGCGGCCAUGAAAGAGCAACACCAAAAUUAGUACUAGAUUUGAUGAACGUGAAGAAUCUAACACUCUCGCAUGUAAAGAGCCAUCUCCAGUUUGUUUAUGGGAUUUUGAUGUUGUUGCAGAUGUAUAGAACCGUGAAGAGUGCAGAUAGAGGAGGUUUAGCAGGGCAAGAGGAAGAGCUAAGGCAGUCAUAUCUGGGCCUUAACCAAUGGUCAGAAGUAGACGGAGGACAUUCUGCAACCAAUUCUUCUCAUCCUCUCAGUGCAACAACUCCCAGCUACACCAGUACUAGCUAG